AUGAAGCCAUCAAUCCUCUCAAUAUGCGCCGCUGGUUUUCUGCUUUCGGCCCUGCUUGUCGUGAACGUGAUUCGAACUUUUUCUUCUUCGAGUGCAAGCAUUCAAAAGCCCUUAAGGCGAACUUUAUUGAUGCAGAAUGCCGACGAAGGGGCUUCUUCGAUCAAACCAUGGGUGGAUAGCGAUAGUGAGCAAGCUUCCUUCAUCACUGGCUCACCUGCUACUCAGCCAGCGCUGUUGGUGGACCCAAAGAACAGAAUCAGUCAUCCUUUAACGGGGGCGAAUGCAGAGGCUGCAGAAUCCACUUCCGAAGAACCUUAUGGCUCCAGCGUAGGCGAUGAGUCAGACUCCAUGAUUGAUCUGGGAGACAGCCUUGAGAAACGGCAUGAAAAGCAGCCGGACUUUUACCCUGCCAAGGGGGUCAGGCUUUUCCUUCAGAUUCAGAAGAAAGUCUCCAGAUACCAGAGAGCUCUCACGAAACAAAAGCUGCAUAGAAUAAGAAACAUUGUCCUCAAGUACAAGAAUCGGGGGCUGCCUCAAUCUCUAGUCGCCUCAUCUGGGCCCUCCAGUGCAGCCGGGUCAUCUGGCACAGGACCGAGGGGUGCAUGGUCAGGGCAGACGUAUGCUGCUGCUCCAGACGCCCCCACCGAUGAUUUUUCAGCCACACCCUGGCAGUUCCCCGGGCAGCCGAAUCUUCCAUCCAACUUGAAGCGUUCACUUGGACAGGUCCCGGACUUGGUCUCGGACCAUCUGCACAAUGCAGAAUUCGAGGAGAUGCUCGACACAUGCAAACAGGAUGCGAGCUGUGCUGCUUUGAUGAGUAAGGGGUUCUGGUGGCUCUUUGGAAAGCCAUGGCGGAGGUGCACGUUGACAUCAACUUGGGCUUGCAAUCCUUAUCACUGUGAUUCCAAUCAGCCUGGUACUACCCAGUGUCGGUACUUGCAAGACAACCCAAUACAGGCGUUGGUGGAUCUAGAUGUACGCUGUUGGGAUACUGGGAGGUCGAUGUGGCAGUUUUCGAUGACUAGGGACGGCUGUCAGGAUUACCUGCCGUGGAAGGGAGGCACGGGUGCCCACGAGUACCUUCGUAUCGGAUAUCAAUGUCACGGUUGCGGCGGGCACCAUUGCCCCUGUGGGCCGCCAUGUGUGAACGAGCCAAACUUGACUCCUCGCGGCUGUACUUACCACUGGACUUCGUGCGCGCCAGGAUCGGGGCCUGGGAAAAACAGAAUGAGCAAGAAUUGGGGAGGAAGUGGGGAUCUGGGACAGAAUGACUGGCUGGCCCACCAUGUGGUUCAGUGCCCACCCAACACGUACCUGAGUGAAUGGAGGGUGAGCAGAGAAAGAUGCCCCUCAGGAUUUUUGCGCAUUCGCUACCGCUGCUGUGAGAACUACUGGGGGCCCUGCCGCACCUUGUCUACGUCAGGAUCCACAUCCUCGUGGGCAGACGGGCUGGAAAACCACAACGUCCAAUGCGAUCCGAGGACGGAAUCUCUCAACCACUUCCAAUGGACCGGAAGCAACUUCGUCUACACCUGCUGCUGCGACAAUAUUUGCUGUAUGCCAGCGUUUGAAGGAGGGCGUGCGAAAAAGCAGGGAUCGCAGAUACCCUACUGGCCGUACGGUCUCAUCAACCCGAUCCAUCCGCAAGAGCCACAGCGACCGGAUGAUGGCGCAUGGACACGCGAUGUUACCAAACACCCUCGACCGCCGCCCGACGAUCCCAACUGGAUGAGAGGACAUCUGGACCCAACAGAUCACCACGAAUACAGCAUAUGGAAAUCUAACCCAAUCGCACAGUUGGAGGCAAUAUCUAGUCACCUUGAUGGGAAACACGAUCAAACAUGA